GUAUCCAACUGGAAAAUAUUCAUAAGUUGAUCAACAUUUUUUCUGAUGAAGCUAAAUUUAAAAGAUUUCAUUCUUAUUUCAUGUCUUUAUGGUCAGAUAAAACACAAAAAUUUCGUAAAUAUAUAAAUCAAAUUAAGAAUUACAGUUGUGACAAGCCAACAUUACAUCGGUUGAUGAGGUUGUUAAUCUUCAUCGACUGAGAUGGUUGGGCCACAUGUUACGUAUGCCUGAACACCGAUUACCACGACGUGCAAUGCUAACCGGUGUUGGACAUGGUUGGAAGAAAGUUAGGGGCGGCCAAACCAAAACGUGGCAUCAGUCCUUGAAGUCACUAACUUCUAGUUUGAGCCAUGUUGAUAGAUGCAGACUACUUGGUUGGGGUCCGUGUGACUAUCGUAACCAACGGUUGGAGACUCUGUGUGACGUGGCUCAGAAUCUAUCACAAUGGCGUUGGAGUAUACACUCUCUGUCUUCCCUUAAACUAUGAGAUUAAAUUCGCUUCAUAUCUUUCUUUCUAAGAACUGAUUCUUUCUUCCUGUACUAUAUCCUUAUAUGCAAUCUUUCUUCUAUAUAUUACCACCAUUGAAUUAACUACUUUUAUGAAUCCGGUGUCCAUCUUGUUGUGUUAAUGAGGUAUGGCAACUUGGACUGAUGCAUAUAUUUGCCUGGUCCUACGUUGUAGCUGACUGACUGACAUUACAUCAGAAGCAUUCUAUGCUAACGUCCUGAAAAGCUGAAACUUAUUACGUAACUCACAUUACAGAAAUUUGGAGAAAAUCAUAUUACAUCAUACUUAUUCACUCGGUUUUAUUAAUAUAAAGAUUUUCAUGGACUUUGUUAGUCUUCUUUCUCUGUAUCAGUGACUAGUCAAUUGUUAGAAACGAUGAGUUCUCACUGAAUCGAAUUGAUAGAAUAAAAUAAAGAUCCAAAGUUCAACUUAUGGAAUGCCAUUGUAGUAAAAAUUCUGAUCAACUGUGACAUCAGAUGAAUACUUAUUUAAAAUCCAGAAAGAAGUAAAUAGUUGUUUUCUUUUGAAUGUAGAUAGAAAACAUCUUUGACAUUUUGGUAUAAACUUUAGUUGUAACUCAGAAUUUCAGUCUUCAUUCAUACAUUCAAAUGUAUGCAUCUAAUACUAGAUUCUAGUACUUAGAGAGAGGAAGACUAAAGAACACAUUAUCCUGAGAAAUGGAAACAGACAUAAGAAUGAACAAAAAUUGGACAGAACUAGAAUGGAAAGCCCCAGACAUAGUGGAUUGGAGAAUGCUGGUCGGCGGCCUAUGCUCCAUUAGAAGUAUCAGGCGUAAGUAAGUACUUAGAGAUAAUUGAUAGCAAGAAAUCAUUCCAGCUGUCAUUAACAUUUCAUCUUUCACGUAUAGAUAUCUUGCUUAUUCCAUUAUUUAUAUUUCUCGAGAUAACUGAAUAUCUUCCUCACAAUAAUCAAGAAGUUGGCUUAACAUUCAUUGAAGAAUAUUCAUUGAUUAUUCAAUGAGCUCAAUUUUUCAUUUUGGUUGGUUGUUUGUUAUUCUGUACUCAUUUCAUUGUCACGUUAUUUCUUCAUCUAUAUGUAAUAUAACAAUUGAAUUUAUGAAUCAAUUGAAACUAGACCAACAUCGAAAACUUGGAAGAACUGGACGGCCGUUUCGUCCUGUUGUGGGAUUCCUCAGCAAUGCGCAUCUCUUCUCAUAAUAACCAUCAUAUGCUCACUAGUGACUGGCUUCAAGUGGUAUUUUUCGGGGUUCUAGUAAGAAGCAGUGACCAGUGGAGUUCAACCGAGUCUGUUGUGAGAUAGUAACUCACUGAACAUAAUUUUGGAAGUGUCGUUCAAUUUUGUGGAUUAGUUGGAGUUAGACAUUGACACCGUUGGAUGCCGGCCGGCUCGGUGGUCUAGAGUUUAAGUGUCUGCGCGUGAGACCGUUAGGUCCCAUGUCCGAAUCCUGCGUGCUGGGUCGCCCACGUGUACUGCUGGUGAGUUCCACAAUACUAGGACGAAACGGCAGUUCAGUGCUUCCAGGUUUUCAAUGGUGGUCUAGCUUAGAUCAACUCAUGAAUUCAACUAUUAAGUUACUUAUCAUUUACUUUUGAAACACCACCUUGAAUUUGGCUUAAUUCAUUGUUAUGAUUCACAUCAUCCCGCCUCGCGAGAUUCGAACACAGGACUUAUCAGUCUCACGCGCAAACACUUAGCCUCUGAACCACUGAACCGGCCGGCAUCCAAGGGUGUUAAUGUCUAACUUCAACCAGUUCACGAAAUUGUGCCACCGUCCACCGUUGUCUUAAGUGAGUUCCUAUCUCCUGGGUUUGAAUCUCGUGAAGCAGGAUCGUAGAUGCGUACUACUUAGGAGUCCCACAAUAUUUAUUUAUUCCAUUCAUCUUAAAGGAUUGUUACUAUUGUAAUCUAACCAGUUAAUAAAUUUAAUUUCUUCAAUAGUUUUUCAUAAGUCGGUUUCUGAAAUUUUGAUAAGAUUGUGAUACUUCAGUAUACUGUCCAUUACGUGAUGUUUUACUGUUGGGAACCAAGUCAAGAUGAAAUGAGCAACGAAGCAUUUUAGUACAUAAAUUGUUUUUCUCUUUUCAAUCUGCUUUUUAUAUUAAUUCAAAUACAAACCAAUCCAUUAUAAUUCUACUGGUGAUUCAACAGUUAGUAAGUAGAUUAUUUGGUGAGACUAUAAUUUAUGGACGAUUUUUGAGCGACGCUAAAGUGUCCUUGCGAAUGUCUGACUAGGGCUGAAUGAGGGUUUUAAACCUGUGUGAAGGAUAAGGAUUGUGAUUUACACUUGAUGUUUAUGGUUAGAAACUAUAUUUAGGGUUUUCAUCACGAACUGACAUUAGCUAAAAUGUCAAGACGCUAUUUAGCCAAAUGGAUAAAGAAUUUCGCUCCGAAAUCCAAGACCUCUUAUCAUAAAUCUGAUUGUUUCAUCCAUAAAUUAUGGUCUCCCCGAUUAUUUUCUUAAAUAUCACUUCUAAGAAUAAUGUUAGCUCCAGAAUCCUCAAUGAAAAAAGGUGUAUCAACCUAGUCUUGACUACCGGCUACUAUAAGAUUGCAUCUCCUAACGUUGCUGCAUUGCCUCAUCGAUUAGACCUUUAGGUCAAAGUCUCAGAGUGUGGCCUCCUAGGAAAACCAUCUGCUUCGGUCUGGGUAUUAGGGCAGUAUCCUAGCCCUCACAUAUAUGGCACAUAUAUAUUUGGUGCCUCAUUGUACCAAUGUUUAUGUGUUGAAAUAAAAAUAAAAUAAACUGGAUUGCAUAGAUUUGAAAUAAAAGUGUUCACUAAUAUGACUGUAUGAUUUCAGUUAAUAAUGUUCCUAUCUCAGCGGUAGAUCGCAUUCAUUCUUGAUUCAAAGAACCUGUUGAUUUGUAUUGACCCUACAUAAAGUCUUAACAGAAAUAUAAAUCAAUGACUAUAGGCAUUAUUAAACUUUGGUUCGGACAAGAAGCAGUAGAGAUAUUCAGACAGUUUUCAUCAGUAUUCUUCAUUAACGGUAAGAUGAAUUUUGAACUAAAUGAAUUCUAUCAUAGUAGUAUUCUUACCAAUACUGAUUCCUUUCAUACUCACUAUUCUUAUAUCAUGAAUUCAAUUUAGAAAAUGUACCGGUAACUACAAAAAACAGAGUACCUUGACGAUUAGCUUAUAAGAUCGACAUAAGUACCAAUAUUUAUUACUAACUUCUCAGAAUUAAAUCAUCUCAAAGCAGAAGUAUGUUGUAAAUAAUUGAAAUAGAAUUAGACAAAUGUUUUAUUCUGAUAUGAAAAAAGAGAAUAAGUUUGUUUGUCCUCAUAAUUCAUCCCGUUUUUGUUGUUGCUGGAUAUACAUCAAAAGUCCUUGAACUGAGAGUAUUCCAUUCAAAAAGUUAUCGGCUGAAGAGUCCCAAAAUAAGAUGAAACGGCCGUUCAUUAUUCUCAUGUCUGCUUCCAAUUCCCAAUGGAACGUGUUCUUCGACAUUCCACUUUUCCGUUUCCUUUCAGGAUUGCAAGUUAGGGCUUACCUCGUGAUUUCCUCAGUUUAUUUCCUACCCACUUUCAACACUUUUUCCUAAUUUCCUCUUCAGUUGGAAGCUGGUUUGUCCUCUCCCACAGUAGGCUAUUGCUGAUGGUAUCCAGCCAACAGAUAUUCAGUAUCUUACGUAGACAACUGUGUAAAUAUAAUUAACAAGCCAAAUAAACCCAUUCAAAUUAUGUAUGACUCAUUCAUUCUGCUGACCAAAAGUUUACAAAACUCAAAUCCUCGGCUCGAAUCUCGCGAGGCGGGAUCGUGGAAGAGUCCCACAAUAGGAUGAAACGGCUGUCCAAUGCUUCAUGGUUUUCCAUGGUGAUACAGCUUCAAUUGACUGAUGAAUUCAACUAUUAAAUUACUAUAAUAUCCACAAAAACCUUUCUCUGAUUAAAAUCCAAUUACACGGAAAUAUGUCUAGGUCAAUGAUUAUCAAAAUCCAAUGUUGGAAAUUCCAACUUGUUAGUGUAAUUUUCUUUAUUAUAAUACGCAUCCUACUACUGAAAUAAGAAAACUUGACCCGUUGAGUACGCAAAGUGAUGAGUCUUGAAGUAUGAUGAAAUAAAUGAAAAUAUCCGUUGGUUUCCCAUAGGUUUACAGCUUAUGCUAGAUCAUAAUAACAAAUCAAAGAAAUAAGCAGAAACUUAAAGUCGUUUUGUGAAUUUCAAUAGUUGAGAUCAUGAGUCAAUUGAAGCUAGACCAUCAUGAAAAACUUGGAAGCACUGGACGGCCAUCUCGUCCUAUUGUAGGACUCCUCAAUAGUGUGCAUCCACAAUCCCACUUCGUGACGUUCGAACCCAGGACCGAAAAUUCAAUUUUCUGUGAAUGUAUUUCUCUCCCUUCUGGAUAGUCUUAAAAAUUGGUAGAUUCAUGUAGGACCUGUGAUACAGGUUUGAAACUUUCUCUCAUAAAUCCGUGACAAUAUUUCCAGCCGGUAUAGAUAUAACUGAAAGAUGAUUUAAAACCACAGAGUAUUAGAUAGCUGUCACGUCCUAGGUUGGAAUCACUUACAAUUGAGCAUCAUCCGCAACCUGAAAACAACUCGGUCUUGUAUAGAGUAAAAUACCAUUCAUGCAAAUAAUUAGUUGAAUGAAAUUAGAAUAGGUAAGUAGACGUAUAAAUAAAUGACAAAUAGAAUGGAAUAAGAAUACCCAAGAAUGAACCAUCAAGUUGCUAAUAGAUAUUUAACAGAUCAACUUUAAACUUGUUUAGUUGGGUUAGGAUAGCGACAAACUGCACAAGUCACAUCAACUACAAACACAAUAAUAUCACCUGCUCAAAGAUGACCAAUGAUGAAUUUGUACUAAAUACAAAGACAACAAACUACAUUGGUUUUCAGACUGAUCUAUAUAGAAUCAAGAACAAUGAUCUUUUCAUACAAUGAGAAAUUGACCAAUCAAACCAUAAGGAUAGAAAAAACACAUUUCAUUUUACUUGACCUUAGUAAUACAUAAACAAUGUGACCAGUGAUAAGCUUAUUACACUAACCAAUUAAUUAUUACAAACAUGCGUACAGAUUAAAUUCAUUUGGUGUUUUUAAGCAAAGAUGAAUAGUGGCUAGCAGGAGAAUCCAGUUUGACGCGGGUUUCACCAUUUUUGGGAAUCAUCAGCUGGAUGUACCUACAUCCCACAGAUGAUGUUCACUCCGGGACUCGAAUCCAGUAAGGAUCGUUCAGUUCAAACGCCAUCGCAUUAUCCACUUAGUUACUGAGUUCUGAUAUCCACUUGCUUGUGCAAUGGAGUGAAGUUUACAUUCACUUGGUAUUUUUUUACUCGUAUCUUCUCAUUGUUAUUUAGGACUGCAAUUGAUCAGUCUCUUAUUGGUAUAUAUACAUCCUGUGCGGAUUACCUCGAUAUAACCUUAAGUCACAAGCUUUUUCAAGCAAAGAUGGAUAGUGGUUAGCAGUAGAAUCCAGGAGGCGCAUUUCAUCCAACUGAAUUCUCAUUUGGUAUUGUUUUUCACUAAGUGAAUUUAAACUUUCCCGCAUUGCACAAACAGAUGACUAUCAGGACUCAGUAACUAAGUAGAUAAUGCGAUGGCAUUUAAAGCUAAUCGUACUGGGUUCAAGUCCCGAAGUGAACAUCAACCCUGAGAUUCAGGUAUAUCUAGCUGACGAGUCCGAAACAGAACGAAAUGCACGUCCUGGUUUCCACUGUUAGCCACAAUCCAUGUUUGCUUAAAAAUGAGUAUAGAUUUUUAACGAAAUGAUAAACAAAUUAUAUCGUGGGAUUUCUACCUGAAGUUUGUGCUGAUGAUGUCGUUCAGUAUAACCAUGAAAGCUUCAAAACCAAAUUAUUCAGCUCAAAGAACAAAACUUCAUCAAAAUCAUCCACCUGAACUACAAAUCUUCUCCACCAUCUCAUAUAUCAUGGGAUUAUAGAAAUGGUUAUGUUGUGUGUCUAUGACUACAACUCCUUGCGAAACGUCAUUUGUGUAUGAUGAGUGAUACUGAAUUCAGGAUUUAAUUGACAGAUGAUAAAUGUGAAAAUACUAGAAAGUAAAUUAGAUAUUCUUCAAAUCAUCAGUCAAAAAGUAUCCGUUAACUAUUGUAUAGAAGUGGAAUUAAAUAGGCUCAUUCUAUCCAAUCCAUUAUCUGUUAAUUGAAUGUAUCUGUAGAAGUAUCUUACUCAUUUACUUACUUACGCCUGUUACUCCUCGUGAAGGAGCAUAGGCCGCUCACCGGCAUUCUCCAUCCAACCCUGUCCUGGGCAAUCCUUUCCAGCUCCUUCCAGUUGUUAUUCAUCUUUUUCAUGACUAACAUCAUAUACUACUUAUAUCAAUAUAAGUAGUACACACCACAGUAUUACUCUUAGUUAUUCUUUAUAUUACUAUUAUUGUUAACAUAAUAGAUGGUUACUGUAGAUGUGCCAUACCAGUCUUAAGAACAGUAGUCUAUUAAGAUUUGUAACGUUCACAGAUGAAAUACUACCUUCCAAUACAAUCUCUAACUAGAAACAAUGUGGGAGAUCAUGUAUAACUCAAUCUAAUUGAUCAACAGCUAAAGAUAACAUCAUCCUAAUUAAGACUAAAGUUGUCAUAACACAGCAAUCCUGUUGAUAAAGCUUUAGAAUUUUUUAAAAGACUCCUUUCUAGUUUUUUUGUUGUUGAAAUACUGGUACUCAUUUGGAUCUAAUAUAUUCAGCUGAUAAAGCUCAGAUAAUCACAAUGAAGCAAGCGAUAUUGGUCAUAAUAUUUUCAACAUUAUUAAAAGGAUUGUUUACUUAAAUUGUGAAGCAUUAACAUAAUAGAGAACCACUCGAAAAUUACUAAUUACUAGUUAACUGUUUUAGCCUUAUUUACAGUACGUCAGUUCACAAUAAUGUCGACAUAGAUAUGAAUCCAAAGUAUUAUUGAGAUUCAAUAAUUAAUGAAUUCUGAGUUAUUACGUACUUACUUACGUAUAUUAACCCUCCUGGAGCACAGGAUACCCAUCAAGAUUCUCCAUCCAAAUCUAUCCUGGGAAAUCCUUCCCAGUUGCUAUUCAUUCUUCUCAUGUGUGCUUCCAAUUCCCGAAGCAAUAUGUUCCUUGGUCUUCCUCUUUUCCUUUUCUAUUCAGGAUUCCAAGUUAUAGCUUUUCUCGUGAUACAGUUUGCUGGUUUCUUCAAUGUAUGUACUAUCCACCUCCAACGUCUUUUCCUACUGAUGAAGAGACUGCUACUACACUGGUUGUCUUCACCUGCAUUUAUUGGUGUGUAUGGGAUAGAAGGGACAUGUCAUCUGAUAAUUCCGAAUCAUUUAGUUGCAUGCAAGCUAUCCACUGUAUUCUGUGCUUCCUCUCAUAUAUCGAAGUCUUCAUAAUUCAGUCAACCACUAGAAGAAAGAGGAAGGGGGAGAGUAAUAAUCCUUAUCUGACACUGUUCUUCACUUGGAAUGUGUCUGUUAGCUAUCCUCUAUGCACCACUUUACACUGUAGUCCGUCGGAUGAGUUCCAUAUGAUGAUGGAAACCUUCUCAGCUACACCAUAGUGUCGAAGAUAGUUCCGUGAGGUCAUCCUAUCCACACUGUCAAUGCUUUCUCAUAAUCAAUGAAGUUGAUGUAUUGUGACGAGUUCUAUUGAACUAAUUGUCUAAAAAUGAUCCAUAGUGUCGUGAUUUAUUCUAUACACGACAAAUCUUAUUAACGUUUUUUUAGUUAGGUUGUUUUCUACGAUAUAGAGUUGUUGACUCCACGUCUAAUCGUUUUUCCUUACUCGGGCUUAGGACCGGCAGAGUUUCUAAGUUAUUAGUCUAAGUUAAAUUCUAUGAUUCCAGGCAUUUAUUGAUCCUGACUGUUGUAUUGUUGUGUUCAGAUCGCUCCUGCUUCCAAGUAGACGCUAAUAUUACAGAAUGUUUUUUUACCACAAACUGACAUCAAACUAACGACCUAAUAAAUAUAGUUUUUCUUUGUAAUUAUGUAAUCAAUAGUUUCUAUGUUAAACAUAGAGUGUCUUUAUUUCUAAUGAGGGUAAACACAUUGUUAACUUCACAAUUGAUUAAUCACUGAGUGGUGAUCAAUGUCAUGUGUGUGAACUCCUUCUUAGUGCAGAUAGAAUAUUAUCGACCAAUGUCGAGUCACCUAGACUAGUGGCCACAUUACAGCUUGGUCGAUAGCAUUCGAUCUGCAUUUGGAAGGACUUGACACACAUGAAAUUGAUCACCACCCAGUGAUCAAUCAAUUGUGAUUAAAUCUCAGUCCUACAUGUGGUCAGUCGUGGCUCGAAUAGCUCAGUGGUAACAUCUCUGACUGUGAAGCUAGGCGACACGGGAUCGAAUCCGUCAGGAAGCAUCAGUUCCCCUAAAGAUUACAGGUACACGUUGCUGAAGAGUGCCAAGUAGCACGAAACGUAAGUUCAAGGUUUCCUGUUGACUACCUUCAACCACCAACUCCGCCUGGAGUCCCUCCGCGGGCUACUACCGGUCCCAAGCCCGGAUAAAGGAGGAGGGUUGGGCAUGGGGUUAGCGUCC